UCACCUUUAUCCUUCACGGGCUCUGGUUGACAAUUCAAUUAAUGAUUUGAGUUACUGAUUGAGAGCUGCCCUCAGUGGAAAAACUUAAAUGAUAUAUAUGCAGGGAAUGGCUCAUACAUGGAAGGAUCAUCUGCCUUCUGCAAAGGAUUUAUGGUCCUUCACUACCCUCCUGUCCUCUAGAAUUCUAAUCUAAAAGAAGUGAAUUACUAUUCUCUUCUUUUGCUCUUUCAAUCCAUUCCAUUACCUUCUUGACUUCAAUCAAUUAAUAAAUGAGCAAAGGAAACAAGAAGAGCUGUGCUAUGGGUAGCAUUGUAAGCAAGAAGGAGAGUAGCCCAUGUAAGGAGCUUGAGCACAUGGGCCUUAGGGAGAAGAUAAAGCUUUUGAAGGAUGAGAUUCAUGAUAUAAGGCAUUUGAGAGAGAUGGAAUAUCAAACCCAUCAGCGACAUGUGAGGAUCAGUGCGUGGAAGGAAGCAGAGUGGAAGGGUGAGAGGAAGAAGUUGAGAGAGGAAGUGAGGAGGCUAAGAAAGGAAUUGACUGCCAAAGAUGUUAUAAUUCAGGGGAUGGAGGAUGGUGUAGUGACAGGGAAAAGUGAUAAAGAAUGGCAAUGGAAACUGCUGGAAAGUAACUUCUUGGUUGAGCAGAUGAGGGAGGAACAAGCCCUUCGGGAUGAGGCUGUGGAGAAAUGGAAGAAGCUCUAUAUUGCUAUCAAGACCGAGCUUGACACUCUCAUUCAGAGAGCUCAUCAAGGAGAGAGACUGUACUGGGGAGAGGAGAACACCAUAGAAGCAUUGAAGAGGGAAUUGAAAGGUAAGGAAGAAACAGUCCAAGACUUGAAAGCCAAAGUAACUACAAUGGAGAAGGAAGGAGUCAAAAAGGAAAGGGAAGUAGACAUCCUGAGGCAGAGCCUACGAAUCAUGAGCAGCAAGAAAAGGGUGAAUAAUUCUACUAAGGGCCUCACUCAGAAGCUUGCACAUGUAAAAUUAGAUUGGUGAUGGCCACAGCUGGUAGCCUGGUGCAUAAUUGUUUCUAGUUUCAGGAUAUUACAGUGAGAAUGGCCAUGGAGAAUUUGAUCAAACACAAAGAUACAUGAAAUCAAGAAUAAGUAGAAGACUGAUGUAAAAGAUGAACUCUAGUAAAUGAAUCUCUUCUAAGUUAAAGGA